CGGAGAAAAAAAGUAUUCUACAUCUCUAUUUGGGCGUUCAUGUUGUUUUUGGGGGACAGUUAAGGGAGAACUCCUGGUAAUUUUUAAGUUAAUCUUGAUCCUUAUAGCUUUGUGAGUAAUGUCUAUUGAAAACAAAUUGGUGCUUGUAACACAGAGCUGCUACAGCUAAUGCCCAGAGCUCCCACUCAGCUAAAACGGCAGUUAUGGGGGCAUGUACAUAAAGAGUGUAUUUGUGCCUCUUAACAGACACAAAAUGCAAUUAAAAUGUCUGUCCAACAUGAACAGGACCCUUACAAUACAACAAGAUGCGUUUAGCAACUUAGCCAUUGUUUACAUCGACCUAAAUAAGUGUUUUAGACGGCUAGCUGUAGAGCGCUGAAGUCCCGUGGGAACUGUACGUUAGCCGGAAGAAAAUAGCAGUGUGUGUGCAGGCGGGAGGAGCGAAGUGUAGGCUAUCAAGAAUGAAGAUUGGUGCUCACAAGUGAAGAAGAAAUGGUUCGCGUUUGUGCCGUUCCGAAUUGUGGCAACAAAAUGCGAAAAUAUAAAAACUUAAAUUUUCAUCGUCUUCCUCUCCGUGAUCGCGAGAUUCUGCCGUUGUGGCUAGAUGUUCUUCAACUUGAUGUGAAAACUCCCAUACAAAUACUACGCGCUAAAGAUUACCGCGUUUGCAGCGAACACUUUGACAAGGAUGAUUACACAAACACAGCACAUCGGGGCCGGUUGAAGAAAAAUGCCAUUCCCUGGACGAAGACGGGAGCAGCCACUGUGGAGGGAACGUUAAAUAGUGAGGCUCAGAAGGAACUCGAGUCACAGAGGGAACACAACCCAACAACAAGUGCCAAAUUCGGAGUCCCCACACCAGCCGUUUGUAUAAUGUGGGUCCACGGUCACAAACUCUCCAGUAGUGGGUCACUAAAAAGAGGAGCGAAGUCUGGCCCCUCACCUUCUACAGAGGCAGUUUCACACCUGGACUCUACGUCUGCAUUGGGUGUCCUUAUGGCCAGUGAGGAUUUCUCAGGACAUCUCACUGGAGAUGCAGCUGUUGUAGAAGAGAAGCUUGAUUCAGUGGAGCCAUUCAAGCUGGAUGCCACUGAAGCAGGUGUGGAUGAGCCAAACCCUCAAAGCAGCCUGAUGGAGCAGGAGGAAGAAGAGGAGAUGGAGAAAGAUCUGGAUUUAAAACCUGAUAUGGACCAAGAAAACAGUCCAGAAAAGGAUAGUCCAACCAACCAGGAUGAAGAAGAAAAUUGUGUACAGGGACAUUGUGAACAGAAGGAUGCUACAGAACUGAUGAAGAACGAAGACAAGAACAAUGCAGAGAACAUGGCACAGUUAUCACAUGAGCUUGUGAUUGCUAAAGUUGAGGACUUCACGAAUGAAAUGGCAAUAGAUGUGGACCAGACUGAGGAUCGGGAUGGGAAGAUGGAGGUUGAUAGACCAGAAGAUGCAGGAAAAUUGUUGGCUAAACCAAUAAAAAGUGAGAGAACUGAACCUUCUGCCACGCCAACACAUUCAGUGGUAAACACUGAGUUGAAACCCCAAGUGGCCCAUCCCUCCACUGCAUUACCAGUGAAGGUGAAGGAUGAGCCAAUGGAUGAGGAGUACGAGAAAGCGUCGACACAUCUGCAGCCAGUGGGAAACAUUAAAGAUGAACCCGACAGCGCAGCUGAUUCUAACCAGACACCUGAUGCGAUCAAAAUCAGCGCAGUGUUCUCUGUAGGAGCUCCAACAGUCGACCCAGCAAAGGCAACAAUAGGUCCUACACUAUCCCUUCGUCCUCUGGCCCCAGCCAAUCCAGUUGGUGUGGUCUGCACAGGAUGUCACAAAGUCCUGCUAAAGGGACAGACGGCGUUCCAGCGCAAAGGCUGUCCUAAACUCUACUGCUCACCUCAGUGUCUCUGCAGCACCUCCACCAUGGUGGUCAAGAUACCUCAGAAGAAGCAAUGUUACCACUGCCUCAAAGACAUUCUUGACCCAAAAGAUGUAGUCAAUGCCCCGGUGGACAUGUCAGGGACUAUGAAGGAGUUUUGCAGUCAGAAAUGCCUUAGCGCUUUAAAGUUCAAGUGCAGUGUGUGUCAGAAGUCAGGAAUGACGUACACUCAUGAAGUGAACUUCAAGGGCUCCAUCCAAAAACUGUGCAGCGACAGCUGCUUUAACCAGUUCCGCAUCUCCAAUAAGCUGAUCAUGAACAGCUGUGUGAACUGUGGUGGAUACUGCUAUGGCACAGACAGUCAGUGUCUGUCUCUGCGGAUAGAGGAAAAAGUUUUGAAGUUCUGCAAACAAAACUGCCUCCUAGCCUUCAAAAAGAGGAGUCUGAAGCCUGUCUCCUGCAAAAAUUGUCGUACCAUGCGCCCGGUUGCAGAAAUGGUGUACAGUCCGAGCGCAGAGGGAGUCCGAGAGCUUUUCUGCUCCACUUCCUGUGUUACAGCAAAUAAAGUUCAGACUGUCAGUUCUUCAGGCGCUCCAGUGGAAUGCAACAGCUGCAAGAUGAAUCUAACUCCUCAGUAUCAUCUAGCCAUGUCUGACGGAACCAUCCAGAACUUCUGCUCCUUUUCCUGCGUAGUAUCAUAUCAGGACUCCUUCAGUAAGACAAAACCAAACAACCAGGUAAACUCCAUAACCUCCACCACAAAUACCACAUCUACCCCAAAACCUGCUGCUCCCAAACCUGCUUCAUCAGAGUCUAGCUCCUCAACGACUAGCGCUCCCAGUGGUCCGGUGCAGACAGUCACCAAGAUCCCCUGCUCUCAGUGUCUGAACUCAUUCUUCCACAGACCAGAACUGCUGGAGUUCAAGAGGAAAAUGUACGCUUUCUGCAGUACCACUUGUGUUGAGGAGUUCAAACAGAUCAACAACGUCAUGGCUCGCUGUGAGUACUGCAAGAUCGAUAAAGUUGUUAAGGAGGUGAAAAGGAUAAACAAGAUUGACCGCUGUUUCUGCAGUGAGGGAUGCAAGUUACUUUAUAAGCAUGACCUGGUCAAGCGCUGGGGGAAGAAACACUGUCGCAACUGCUUCUACUGUAGUGGCUCCUCUCAGACUGUAGUCACUGAAAUUGUUGAUAAAGUAGAGGUGGAGUUCUGUGGGAGUGUGUGCUUACAACAACAUAACUUAUUAAUGCGUAAGGAAAUAAAGUGUUCCAUGUGCAGGCAGGCCAAGAUGAUGAGAGAGACCGUGAAAUGGCUGGGUGAGAUUAAGCAUUUCUGUAGCUUGCAAUGCUUGAUGUUCUUUUGCAGUCUGCAGGGCAUCACUGGGCCUGUCAGACCUGGAAGCAAACCUCUGACCACACAAGGGACAAGCCCAGUGCCGUCUCCAGCCCCUCUAGCUACAGUUAAUCGCACAUCCCUGAUCACUAAAGAGGCCACGCCGGUCAUUGACAAUGUUAUUUCACUCUCAAGUGCAUCCAAUGGACAGCCGUGUGUUUUAGGAAACCUCGUUCUGCAAGGCUCUAUUCCAGCUGCUACUGCAAAAAUUUCUGUAAAUGCGGCCAGCACACAGACAGACAGUGUAAAGGCUCCUGCUCCACCACCCCGAAUCCUGAAGAACAAGGCACUACUCUGUAAACCCUUUUGUCAGAACAAAGGCACAUCCUGUAAACCCAAUGUCUGCGACAUGAACACACAAACAGAUGGACCUUCUGUGAUAGUACUUCCUGUGCCAGUGCCAGUCUAUGUUCCGGUUCCCAUGAAUCUCUACACACAAUACACUCCAAAGUCUGUGGGGUUACCGCUACCAGUUCCAGUGCCCUUGUUCUUCCCCACGACUCUGGACAGCGCUGAGCGCAUUGUGAAGACCAUUCAGGAAAUCAAAGAGAAGAUCCCAGAUGACCCUCUGGAGGCUGACCUCAUCAUGAUGGCAGAGAUGGUGGCUGAAGAUACAGAGAGGGAGAAAGGCAUCACAUCUGUUGAUCAGGCUGAAAAUAUAAUGGAGGACCUUGAUCUGGAAGCCCUGUCCAACAAUCUGAGUUGGGAGGAGGACUCGGUGUCUUCAGCUCAGACAUGGGAUCAACCCCCAGAGCCUGAAAGACUUCCACCAUCCAGAUCUGCCACACUGAUCCCUGUCCCUACCUCAGCAGAAGAGCCACAGAUGGACCUGGAGGCGGAUUACCCAGUCGAGAGCAUUGAACUUUUCAGAGGGAAAACGCAAAAGGAGGCGACAGAUACUGGCAAACGCAAAUCUCGCAAGAGAGGACGUGAUGGCCUCCCUCAGAAGAAACGGGGCCGCAAGAGUGCAGCAGUGGUUCCAGCCAAACCGGCUCCAGACAACUUCUCAAACCUCUCCAAACUGCAACAUGAGUAUGCAGUCAAUGCCUGGAGAGACUGGGUGCGCUGGAGGAACGCCCAACCCAACAUGGAGACUCCCAAAUUUGGCUCGCGUACUAUAACGGUAAAGGAGGACCUGUUGAAGUGUUGCACGGCUGAACUGAGCUACGGCCUCUGCAAGUUCAUCUCUGAAGUUCGUCGACCCAACGGAGAGAAGUACAGCCCUGACAGCGUCUAUUACCUCUGCUUGGGCAUCCAGCAGUUCCUGUUUGAGAACAAUCGGAUGGAGAACAUCUUCUCGGAUCUCUUCUACACCAAAUUCUGCCAUGAAAUGACCAACUUACUUAAAGGAUGGAAACCAACUAUAUUACCCACUGGUUACGUUCAUUCUCGUGUGGAGGAGGAGUAUCUGUGGAACUGUAAGCAGCUGGGAGCGUUUUCACCCGGCGUACUGCUCAACACGUUGCUCUAUUUCUUCACAAAGUUCUUCAACUAUAAGACAGUGGAGCAACACCGUCGCCUCUCUUUCGGCCACAUCGUCCGCUGCUCUCGAAGCAAGGGCAGCACCAAAAUGGCCUGUUUGCGUUUCUAUCCCCCCAAAGAUGACACAAGCUCUGAUGGCGUCCCUGCAAAGAAAAGAAAGGAAGAGGAUGAUGACAGUGACACUAUAUAUGAGAUAAAGGAAAAUUUUGACAAUCCUCUCCGCUGUCCUGUCAGGCUGUACGAAUUCUAUAUCUCAAAAUGCUCACCCAGUGUGAGGCAAUGCACGACCCAGUUCUACCUGAGCCCUGAGCGUUCCUGUGUACCCAGCAGUCCCAUGUGGUUCUCAACCACCUCGCUGACUGAUGAGAUUCUGGACAGCAUGCUCACACGCAUCCUUACUGUCAGAGAACUGCACCUCGAGACGGACAAAACUCCCGCUGAGAUCGAUUCAGACAGUGACACGGAUUUCAGACCGUGACCGUGAACGGAGACUCUCGCCUUAAGCGCACAUCAAAAUUGCAGAGUGAAGGAGGUGUCUUGGGGAAACGGUUCUCCUGGAUGGCUCUGUGUAAUUCUACAAAGAUGACAACCUAAAUGCCAUUGUAUUGGCUUGCGGAUAUUGAUAGUGAUUCCCAGGACUGGAAAACAAGUGUUUUGUCAUUGUAUUUUCCAUGUAAUAGUAGUUACGAGGCUGUACAGUUUUUCUUUUGGUUGUAUGGGUUACAUUUAGAGGACAAUUUUAUACAGUGCCACAUUAUACAUAAGUGAUCUUAAAAAGGGAUUACUUCCCAUUCUCUGUAUUAUGAAACACUAACAACAUUGACAGCAUCUUUGUACAACAGGCAUUAAAAACAGUGGCUAAUAUAUCCUCCCUUUGUUCAUUGUAAAAAUGAAUGAGUGUUUUCAUUCUUUUUGUAACCUUGCCAUUCCAGGGUUUAUUAAUUCCUGUAAUGGGCAACACUGUAUUUCUUUGGAUUAAAAAAGACAAAGCGGAAUCUCUCAUUUAAUGUUUCAACAUACUGGCUUUCAAGGUGUAUCUUCACAAGUUGACAUUUCAAAUAAAGAAUUACAUACUUGCCUUUUCCACAGAAA